AUGUGGCUGGGGCUCGGCCGGCGUUACUAUGUCUGCCAUUUUCAAUUUCCAGAGUCUGCUGACCGUCAUCUUGCUGCUUAUAUGUAUCUGUGCUUACAUCCGGUCCUUGGCACCCAGCAUCUUGGACAGAAAUAAGACUGGAUUGUUGGGGAUAUUUUGGAAAUGUGCCAGAACUGGUGAACGAAAAAGUCCAUAUGUCGCAGUGAGCUGUGUAGUGAUGGCCUUCAGCAUCCUUUACAUGCAGUAGCCUGGAAAAAGUAACACUUGAAUUUCCAUCAUAUUUCACUAUAAACAAGGACUUGCCUUCAGAAAUACUGGGAAGAAUGGUUAACCCUUUUAUCUCUGCACAUGGGAUGAGAUAACUUUCCAGAUGCUGUUCUCUAUUUUCAUGUUAUUGGACCAAUAAUCUGUAUAAAUAGUUAAGAUGCAACCAUUUAAUACAGAGUUUGAGAGCCUGUAA